CCUCCAUUCGCCCCGCGGCAGGGGUCGCCGAAUCUAGAGCCCGCCCCGCGCAGCGCAUCGGCGUCGAGCUGCCAAACGCCCUGCUCUGCACGGGCAACGCGGGCAGCUCUUUUCGAUUGCUGGUACCACAGUGUUCACUGAAGAUCACCGCUGGCUGCGCGCGAGCGCCAGCGCGCGCAUUGUCUGCUGACCACCAAGGUUGGCUAGGCACAAGCCAAAGCGUGGAACAGACAACCCUCGACGCAAUCGAGGCGUAAACACAACAACAAUGGGAGACGCGCCCCGCUUCCGCCUGCGCACGGGCGCGCCGUCGUGGGACCGCAUCUGCAGUAUUGAUAUUGAUCGCGUCAUGGACGGCUUGGGAGCCGGAAGUACUUUAUCAGGCAUUGUGGAUGACGUGACUUUCGCCAACAUCAGUCGACGAGAACUCAAAAGCGCCGGCUACGACGCGGCGGAGUCGCUCGUGAGGCUGCUCCAGCUGUGCGUGGAGUACAUGCUGCACGUGCAGGAGUCGUUGAUUAAUGAUGCCUCAAAAGCGGAGCUCGGCCGCCGGAAGGCGCUGGACGAGGUUUCGGAUGUCGAGGCCAAGCUGAGCCUCGAGAAAGCGAGAAGACGGGCCGCGGCGCGGCAGUGCGUGGACUUCCGCGAAGUAGCACUGGCGCUCGCGGGCGCGGCGCGCGCCGCCGGCGUCGACACGGCGCGCUGGAUCGAUUCCUUGCGGGACGGCGAGGCGGCGAACGACGACGAGGCGCUGCUCGAGGCGUACACUGAUACGUCUGUUGGCUGCGCGCAGUGCGGCAAGGGCUUUGUGAGCAAGGAGUACCUCGCGCAACACGUAAAGAGCGUCCAUGGUGAUGUGGAACGGAAGCCCGUGGGCCUGCCGAUGACUGUGAUGCGGAACGUCGGGAAGAGCCACUCACCUAGGCCAAAACCGCAGAAGAAGAAGCAGGGCUUUUUUUCCUCAAUGAUGUCUUGGGGAAAAAAGAAGGCGCCGGCGCACGUCGAGCGCGUCUGGGACCUCGCGGCGGGCCCGAGCCAUUCCAACGUCGAGGGCGCCCAGGAGGAAGCUAUCCUGCACGCCGUCGAGGCGGCCAAUUUGGACGCCGACGAGGUCGCCUUCGCCUGCGAGCGGCGCGGCGGCAAGCUCGUGCUGGUUGCUACCGCGCCCGAUGAUUUCGACGCGUGGGAGUGGCUCGACGAGGAGCUCCACGCGUGCUUCGGGGGCACAAGCCUCGUCAAGGAUUUGAAUUUGCGCGGCAAGGCCGUAAAGGCGGGGCCGCGCGAGGAGAUGUCCUGGGAUUUUUCUGGUGGCGAUGCGGCCGCGGUGCAGCGUGCGCUUGAUGAGGCCAAGCUCGACGCGGACGAGGUCUCGCUGACGGCGUCUGGUAACGUCCUCACUGGGGUUGCGCCGAAAGGUUUCGACGCGUGGUCCUGGCUCGACGAGGAGGUCCAAAGUACUCUCGCGGGCGUUGUGAAAACGAUAGCGUUGCGCGGCGCGAAGCCGCAGCCCGCCGGGGCGCGCGCUUUGGACGACGCGAUCCGGGCGUUGGAGGGCGUCGUGGCGGUCCGGCCGAGCGUCGGGCCGGCGCUCGAGCUGUUGAAGAAGGAGCGACGAGGGCUGAAGUAAGGACUAGUAUGAACUCGCGUCGAUGGCGUCGAUUG